AUGAAAGCAAUUAUUUGGACUGAUGUUUUGCAAGCAUUGGUAAUGUAUACUGGUGUUUGUGUUGCUAUUAUUUAUGGUUUAAUUCUGGUAGGUGGGUUCAAACAAGCAUUUUCGAUUGCUUCUCAAGGUGAUCGUAUUGAAUUUGAUAAUUUGAGUGUCGAUCCUCGAACACGUCACACAGUUUGGCCAAUUUUAUUUGGUAAUUCGUUUAAUGCCUUGCUGACCUAUGGUUUCAAUCAGAUGCAAGUCCAACGUUAUAUGUGUGUUAAAUCGACACGUGGUGCACAAACAACUAUUUUUAUCAAUAUAAUCGGUGUUGCUUGUCUCAUUCUUCUAUCGGGUUUGAUGGGUGUUAUUCCCUAUGUGUAUUAUUCUGGUUGUGAUCCAUAUACUGCUGGGUAUAUUCAAAGUGUUGAUCAAAUAUUUCCACAUUUCAUUAUGGAUGCAUGA